CAUUUAUGCAUAUGAUGGCUUGUUAUUUAUCUUUUCUCUUUUCUUCUUCUUCGUUUUACGGCUUCCAUGGCAGCCCAUCUCACUCUGCAACUUUUUCAACUGUUCGACAACUCAAAAUCCUUCGGAUUAGAUGUCAGAAAAAGGACACUAGAGAAUGCGCUUCUGCAUUCCAAUCCCCAUGUAACAGAGGAGAGAAAUGAUGGCUUUUCAGAUAAUAACCUCUUAAAUGGGUAUUGGUCUAGAUGUUACACCGCCGAAAGGAAGCGUUCACUGAUAUCAGUAUCAGCUAAAAAUUCUUUUGUUAGUAUUGAUCAAAGUCAAAGCAAGAAGGAAAGCGAUGGUACUCCUACCACAACCAGUAGCCGGGAGAUGGAACUUAAUCGGGUGAAUUGCAUUGUGUGGGUAGUGCAUGAAUCUUCUGGGAGCUUUUCCCAAGCAGUUGAGUCCCUUAGGCUACCUGGAAGUGGUCCAGAGCUUGCGAUGGCCUGGCUUGGGAAGGAUGUUCAUGCAUGGCAUAGACAUAUUGCUUAUCAGGUUGCGGUUUACGUUUUGAUGAAAACAGCAAUAGAUGUGGAGAUAUUGCUUUCACAUGAUCGACAGAAUGAAUUCUCGCCUGUUAGAGAGAUAUUAACUCCUUUAAGAAAUCAGAUGAGAGAAUACAUUGAAAGGCAACUGAAAAUGAGGCAUCCUGAUUUAGUUCAGUGGUUUAGAAUCAGUGAAAUUCCACGUUUGGCAGGGUAUUUCAUUCCUCUUCUAAAGAAGUGGUCCAUGGAAUAUGCAGGAAGUGGACAAGUUGCACCAUUUAGCAAGUGA